CAGGAACUAAAACUAAAACAAUUAGAAACCCAAGUGGAAGAAGAGUCACACUAGCUUUCUUAUUCUAUUCGCUUUUCUUUCCUCUGUCGGCUAUAUAUCUGCAUCUGUAUCUGUUCCCACCCACCUAGAGCGCUACUUUCGUUUCUCAUUCCCUUCCGCAAUUCUCUGAUCUCUACUUUCGAUCUGUUCGCCUACGCCUCAUUCGACUCUGCAUCUCCGGGCCACAAUGACGGAGGAGCAGGUGCUCAAUGUGCGCGGCCAAGAACCCAAUUCAGCCGCCGAUCACGCCGCCGUCAAAGCCAACGGACUUCCUCGCGGUGUCGGUGCGUUGGAUCUCGCCGCCGACAGCAACGGUGCGGCCGAGGAGCGAGUGGACAAAAUCUGCAAGGACGCGCUGUCUAACGGUGUUGCGGAGGAAGGCUCCGAAACGGCCGCGGUUGAUGUCGUUUUGCGGGAGGGUGAAUUCGAUUGCUUAGGUAGUCGGGACGGCGCGGGAUCCGUUCGGAACGGCGUCGUGGAGAAUGGUGAUGGCAGUGCUAAUGCUGCUGCGGAGGAGUUGGCUGCGGAUCACGACGAGUAUGUUGUUGUCGGUGCUUCGGAUGUUCAAAACGGCGUCGUUGCGGAGGGCGAGGUUGGCGGUGAUGAGAAUGUGGACGUGAACGGAGUCGUGGAAUGCGGAAUUUCCGGAGAUGAAAACGGUGUCGUCGUGACUGUUGUGGAGGGAGAUGCGCAUGUGAAUCGAAGUGAUCGUGCAUUCGAAGGUGUGGUGGUGGUGGACAGAGCCGAGGACGACGAAGUGACUGCUACUGCGGAUGAGAGCGCCCAGGUAAGAAGCGAAUAA